CAGCCGCCCCAAGCACGAACAGCCCCAUCCGGACGACGCCGGGCGGGGGCUCUACUUGAGAUGCGGCAGCAUAAAGUACAAGGACAAAGACAUUUGCAAGCACAUUUAGAUAGAGAAAGCAAAGUCACUCGUCUGAUUGGGAUUGUUCACCAUGAAGAUGUAAAACAACUGUACUGCUGGUUCUGCUGUCAGCCCAAUGGAAAGAUAUAUGUAUCAAAAGCAAAAAUUGAUGUUCACUCAGACAGAUUUGGAUUCCCUUAUGGUGCAGCAGAUAUAGUUUGUUUGGAACCUGAAAACUGUGAUCCAACACAUGUAUCAAUUCAUCAGUCUCCACAUGGAAAUACUGACCUGCUGCCAAGGUUUGAAAUUAAAAACCGCAAGGCUGAGACCUUUUCAAUUGACUUCACUGUGUGCAUUUCUGCCAUGUUUGGAAACUAUAACAAUGUCUUGCAGUUUAUACAGAGUAUGGAAAUGUACAAGAUUCUUGGAGUACAGAAAGUGGUGAUCUAUAAGAACAACUGCAGCCAUCUGAUGGAGAAAGUCUUGAAGUUUUAUGUAGAAGAAGGAACUGUUGAGAUAAUUCCCUGGCCAAUAAACUCACACCUCAGGGUUUCUUCUGAGUGGUACUUCAUGCAAGAUGGAACACACAUUGGCUACUAUGGACAAAUCACAGCUCUAAAUGACUGUAUAUACCGUAACAUGGAAAGGAGCAAGUUUGUGGUCCUUAAUGAUGCUGAUGAAAUAAUUCUUCCUCUUAAACACCCAAACUGGAAAACAAUGAUGAACAGUCUUCAGGAACAAAACCCAGGGACUAGUGUUUUCCUCUUUGAGAACCAUAUCUUUCCAGAAACAGUAUCUUCUCGCAUGUUCAAUGUUUCAUCUUGGAAUACUGUGCCAGGUGUUAACAUACUACAGCAUGUAUACAGAGAGCCGGACAGGAAAGAUGUAAUCAAUCCCAGGAAAAUGAUAGUUGAUCCACGAAAGGUGAUUCAGACUUCAGUCCAUUCUGUCUUACGUGCUUAUGGGAAGAGUGUGAAUGUUCCCAUGGAUGUUGCCCUCAUUUAUCACUGUCGGAAGGCCCUUCAAAGAGACCUUCCCAGAGAAUCUCUCAUCAGGGAUACAACACUGUGGAGAUUUAACUCAUCAUUAAUAAAGAAUGUUAACAAGGUUCUAUAUCAAACCAUGCUGCGAGCUCAAAAUUGAAACCUCAGUU